AUAACUAAACUGUAAGUUGGGAUACGGCAUACUUUCAGUUCAAGUUAAUAAAUUGAAAAUAUUGAGUUAAAACUUAUGAGAAGAUACAGAUAACCAAACUUAAAGUUAAUAGGUUGGAGUAAUGUUAGGAUAAAAAUUAUCAAACUCAAAGUAUAGUUGAAUUUAAUAAGUUGAAAUUGACAAUAAAAAUAUAAAGAUGAACUGAUGAGAUGGUAAAAAACCAAACUAAGAGUUUAAGAUACAUUGAAGUUGACGUUGAAAAUAUAAAGUUGAACUAGUUGGGGAUAUAGUUGAAUUUAAUACGUUGAAAUUGACAUUGAAAAUAAUUAUGAAGAUAGACUGAUGAGAUGGCAAAAAACCAAAGAGUUACAUUGAAGUUGACGUUGAAAAUAUAAAGUUGAACCAACGAGAAGUUAAAAGUAACCAAUCCUAAAUUAAGUUUACUUGAAGUUGAAAAUAUAAAGUUGAACUAGUUGGGGAUAUAGUUGAAUUUAAUAAGUUGGAAUUGACAUUGAAAAUAAUUAUGAAGAUAGACUGAUGAGAUGGCAAAAAACCAAAGAGUUACAUUGAAGUUGACGUUGAAAAUAUAAAGUUGAAUUAACGAGAAGUUAAAACUGACCAAUCCUAAAUUAAGUUUACUUGAAGUUGAAAAUAUAAAGUUGAACUAGUUGGGGAUAUAGUUGAAUUUAAUAAGUUGGAAUUGACAUUGAAAGUAUGAAGAUGAACUGAUGAGAUGGCAAAAAACUAAACUAAGAAUUGGAGAUACAUUGAAGUUGACGUUGAAUUAACGAGAAGUUGAAAAUAACCAAUCCUAAAUUAAGUAUACUUGAAGUUGAAAAUAUAAAUUUGAACUAGUUGGGGAUAUAGUUGGAUUUAAUAAGUUAAAAAUGACAUUGAAAGUAUGAAGAUGAACUGAUGAGAUGGCAAAAAACCAAACUAAGAAUUGGAGAUACAUUGAAGUUGACGUUGAAUUAACGAGAAGUUGAAAAUAACCAAUCCUAAAUUAAGUAUACUUGAAGUUGAAAAUAUAAAGUUGAACUAGUUGGGGAUAUAGUUGGAUUUAGUAAGUUAAAAAUGACAUUGAAAGUAUGAAGAUGAACUGAUGAGAUGGCAAAAAAACAAACUAAGAGAUACAUUGAAGAUACAUUGAAGUUGACGUUGAAAAUAUAAAGUUGAACUAGUUGAGGAUAUAGUUAAAUUUAAUAAGUUGAAAUUGACUGAAAAUAAUUAUGAAGAUAAACUGAUUAGAUGGCAAAAAACCAAACGAAGAGUUGGAUUUACAUUGAAGUUGACGAUGAAGACAUAUAGUUGAAUUAACAAGAAGUUGAAGAUAACCAAUCCUAAAUUAAGUAUACUUGAAGUUGAAGUUAAUAAGUUGAAAAUAUAUAGUUGAACUAACGAGAAGUUGAAAAUAACCAAUCCUAAAUUAAGUUGAAGUUGAAGUUAAUAAGUUGAAAAUAUAUAGUUGAACUAACGAGAAGAUGAAAAAACAACCUUAGAUUUGUGAUUGAAGUUUUGAAAAUAUGAAUUCAAACCAACGAGAACACAAAACUAACCAAACUGGAGUUGGAAACACUUGAAUUUGAAGUAAAUAUUUAUUUUAGUUUAAGUUGAAAGUAAUAUUUGAAGUUGAUGUUAGGGCGCUAUGAGCGUAGCAAAAUGGCUACCUAGGGAAGAGCCACCUACUUUGGAGUACAUCGUGGCCUGUAAGAAGCUACAUCGCAUGUGCUGCCGUCUGGAGGGAAAACUGGGACUUUUGCUGUUGGAUGAAACCAAUGUGCGAAAUGACCUGUGCGUGGUGACCGACCGCGCCGGCCCUGCUGUGGUGUCCCUGAUGCAGCUGUUGGCCUCCACCGUGGUGUCCCAGCGCAGGGUGCACCACGCGUGCAUCCACUGGCACCACACCAUUUGCCAGCACCGUCUCUGUCUGCUCUACUUGCUCAACCAGGUCAUCGCGCACUGUCUCACUCGCUCGCACAUGCAUCAACCACCUCUACUCAGGUUGAUCGAAAUCUUCAAUGAACUUCACGCCUGUAAUCUGCUGCUGGAUGUGAAAGGAUUAUCAGUUGUCAAAAACACAUGUCCUUCCCUUCUACAGCCGCUCAGAAAAUUGACAAUUACCAAAACUACUUCAGGUGAUAGCCCAGCACAGAGCUCAGUACUGUGCCCAGCUGUUUCUGGACGUAAUAGUGGACAUCUACCAGGGACGGGAAACCAAUCACGAAUCGCCGAGACCCGUUGUGGAUGAAGACAAUGUAGUCAGCUCUGACAAUUCCAGCAUAGAGGUG